GGUAAGAUACAAGAUAUCCCUGGAGUAAGCAUAGCUAAUAUGGAACGACUACGUGCACUUCUAAAUCCCCUUCCAAAGGACAAAAAUGAAGUCACUGAAAAAAUGAGCACUUGGAUGAAUGGACUGACAGAAACUGAAAAGACCUCAUUUGAAGCGUUCUUGGAAGAGAUGCGUAAGAAAUAUCCCCAAGGAAUGCCUGUGAUAACUCCAUAA